AUGAAGUUCAUCAUUGUCUUUGCUGCCCUCUUCGCCGUUGUUCUGGCUGCACCAGCAAAUCCCGAUGCUGAUGCACAGGUCCUGCGCAGUGACUCUGAUGUUGGUCCUGAAAGCUACAGUUAUGGCUAUGAGACCUCCAAUGGCAUUAAUGCUCAAGAAGAAGGACAUUUGAUUAAUGCUGGCUCGGAUAAUGAAUCCAUUGCAGUAAAAGGCUCUUUCCAAUUUGUGGGCGAUGAUGGUGUGACAUACACCAUUAACUAUGUUGCCGACGAGAACGGUUUCCAGCCACAGGGUGCUCAUGUUCCCGUUGCCCCAGAGGCUUAA